AUACAAUUCUUUAUCUGAAACACCUCAACUCUUUUUAAGAAGGGAUGAACGAAUUUAUGGAAGAUGUUUGACAGUCGAUGAAGUAGACAGAGAAGUAUGGUUGAGAUAUUCAUUCGAUAUUGAUGGAUGCGUUUUGGAAUUAAAAUCUUUGACAGCAAUUAGAAUGCCAGUGAGACAUAUUACUCUGUUUCCCCACGAUCAUGCCAGUUUACGGAAUGUUAGAAGCGUUUUGAAAAAACAUAUAAAAUUACCACAGUAUAGUAAAAGCGAACUCAUGACAUUUUCAAACAGCCUAGGCUUUCAAUUAUUCUAUGAGAGGGGAUGGGAAUGUUGGAUAGGAUUAAUUCCUGUGCACCAAAUGCAUUCAGUUGCGUUAUCAAAGCAGCAAGUAAGACAACAAACCUUAGCCACCUUUUUCCAGCUGAGGGAAAGUUUUAAAACUUCACUAAUGACACUUGCCUUGAGGGGGGAGGCAACGAGAACUCUGCAAAAGAAUGACAUUAAUGACGCUCGAAAAAUGUUCAUUUUACCUGAUGACUGUUGUCCCAUACUCGAAGCAUUGCAAACAUCUUUAGACGAACUGCCUCAAAGUGGAUUUUUAAGACCAAUCAUAUUUUGCUUCAGAUUUGGUGAAAAAAUGACAUGUGGGCUAUCCUUGUCAGAUUUCUUUACCGAAUUAAUACUGCGUACAACUAUUCAUGUUGCCGGAAACAUUUUGUCAGACAGUGAAGACGUUGAUCUGCUUUGGUCCACAGUAGGUUUGGAACAAGUUAUUGGCCACAGAGGAACACUAAGUAGCUGCUUAUCGUUCACAGACUGCGGUAAUUAUCAGAGCAAUUUAGAUGGCAGAGCAAUGGAUGUUAAAGAUUGUUUGAUGAAGAUUUGUCGUUUUCCACAAGAUGUUCAAUUUGUACAGCUUUAUGCUGACAUUCCACACCGGCAACCAAAUGGACGAUAUCAUCCAGUGUCUGGCUGCAUUGUUGGGGGUAUGUGUUUCCCACGAUCGACAGCGGAAGCAUUUCUACGUGACGCAGAGCAUUAUAUAUCAACAUUACAAAGUAACUGGACAUUGCUGAGGAAAAGUGCAUGUAGGAUAGAAUUUGUCGUCUCACAGGAUUCUGUUGCAGACCAUUUGCAUGCCUUGGAUUUUAUUGAUAUAACAAAUCUUGAAUUUCUGUUAGAAAGUUGUCCUAUGUUGGUGCCUUUUCCCAGUCAAAUUCUCACAUGCAUUAGACAUUUGGGCUUAUGGAUUUGCAAGGAACUUCAGGAACUUUUGAACGAGUAUCAGAAAACAGGAAAUGUGCUUGCUACCUGGCAAUCCUACCAGUUAGAACUAGCCUCAGAAAAAAUGUUGUGGGGAAAACCACUUUGUGGAAGGAGCACAACAUACUCAAUAAAUCUGGGACCCGGCGCUCUUGGACCCAGUCGGAGUGUGAGUGACCACUUUGGAUUCCUAUCUUUAGAAGUGUACUCAACCUGUAUGCAAAACGAAUAUAGUAUUCCACCACCAGAAAUAUGGACAACAUCUGAGGCUAUAAGUAAGAUGAUAACACGAUCAGUGGGAUUACACGAUCACUUGGAUGGCAGCUACGGAGUUAUUGGUAGACAUCUGGUCGUUGCCUUACUACAUGACUUGCACGAAACUGGCAAGAUGGCUAGUUAUGUUCUGUUUGAAGAUUUCCUAAGACAGAUGAAGUCCUGUAAGACCACUUUUAAUACAGUAGGAGCUGUAACCCUCAAGUCGCUAGUAAAACUGCUAACAACAAACAGGAGAACUAAUGCCCAAAUGGUUUUUCCCAGCUUGAACUUACUUUUGGAUAAAAGUAACCUUCCAUUGGCAGAGAUCAUAGAGGCCGGAUUACUGGAACUGGAGCUUAAACAUUUUCCCGCGGUGACCACAUACGACAAACAUGGAAACAUGACCCUUACUUGGUCCUUUAAGGACAAGUUUUGGGCGGUUGUGUAUGACAAAGAAUCGACAGAUAUCACCGAAGCUACACUAAUUACAAUAUCUGAUCUAGUUAAAGGUGAACUCGAAAAACGGGGCCUUGUGUAUCCAAGCAAAAUAAAGAAAACACCAAAGAUACUUCCCUGGGUAUCAAUGUGUCUUCGAAAGUUGAAAAGAGAGAAAAUGGACAUGGAUCAAACAGUGAUAACAAUGACGUUCAUAAGCUGUAUUGCUCUUUUGAUGCAGGGCCAUUUCGUUGAAUAUGACAGGCUAGUGGUUCUUAUGACUGAUCUACCCUUACACAAGAACAAGUUGAUUGCAUUAGAGAUUUUGUCCAAGUUACAAUUGGCCAAUUUUAGAUUCCGCAAUUUGCAGUUGAAUCGCUUGCACUUUACAAUCCCACAUAAACUGGAAAUAUUGACAGGAGAAGAACAGAAAACUAACAAAAAGGACGAGAGAAAGGAAACAGAACAGGAAGUCGCAGAACUACCUGGAAAUGUCACUGAUGAAUAUGGUGAUCGCGAUGAUGACCCCAUUCUUUUUGAUAAAAACAUAGGACUUCGGAGAACUUCCUCCUGCUACCCGAUUUCCACAUCUUAUAAAGCUCCCUGGUCGGCACAAGAGCUGGAAUUCCUGCAUGCUCAAAGCUUGGAGAAGAUAAGCGUUCACCAAAAAUACGAACACUUUAAAUUACAGUGUUUAAAAUCAAAUAUUCCUUUCCGUACGUUCAGGGCUUUCGAAACAAAACUGAAGAGAGUUUCAAAUAAAUAAGCACAUUUAAACACACCGAAAUGUUUUGACGCUUUUAUAAACUUUCUCAAGUCAGAAGAUAUAACAGUUUUGGACGGAAAUGUAGGAGUUAGAGAGAUAAUUCGAGAUGAUACAAAAAAAAAACAUUUAUGAAUUGUUUUUUUUAACAUUUAACAGUUGUUGACCUAUAAUAAUUUAUUACUGAUGAAAUGUCUGAUGUUAUGAAUAUUUGCAAUGUCUACAUAUGAAAUUAAUAAAGGUCAUGAGAGUUUUUCCAAUUUAUUUCGUAUCAGAUUACAUAAUUUUGCGUUAAAUCCGAUUC